AUGACUGGUGGCAUGUCAAAUCCUGUGCCACAGUAUGCGACUACAAUGGCACCAACCAUCUCCACUCACUCGGGCACAAGCGGCCCACAACCACAGCAGCAGCAACCGCCACCGCCGCAAGAACACGCGCAGCAGAAGCAGCAGUACUACCAGCAGUACCACCAGCAGUAUGAACAGCAUCAGCAGCAGCCUGUGAGGCGGCAGCCGCCGCCUGCCAUGGACGUGCUGUACAAUGUGCACGAUGCGUUCUCGCGAGCAAGUCAAGUGGACCGCCUCAACUUCCUGUCCAUGCUGGUCCACCAGUGCCGGCCGUUGGAGGCCCGGUUCCUUCAGCUGGCCCUGAUGGACCCCAUCAGCCAGUCCGCAGCCGCGCUCAAGGAGGCGGAGGAGCUGGCCAACGACGAGGCGCGCAUCACCGCCCUGGUGCGCAACCGCGGCCUCCUCUCUGCCCUGCACACCGUGGCAGAUCUCCUCCCGCUGCUCCGCCCAGACAACGUGGCUGCCGCCCGCGCCAUCACGCACGUGCUGAUGCAAUGCACAUGGCACACGUCGCCGCGCGCCGACCAGUCGUCCAGGGACCUGUGCAGCGUGUGCCAGGCGGCCUUUGCCAUGGCGCGGACCCACCCGGCAAUCGAAGACACAGACCGCACGCGUCUGAACCAAAUGUCGUGGGAACUCCUUAACGGAGAGCAGCCGCAACGCUCGCGGCACCACAGCAUGGGCACCACGAACAGCGGCAGCGGCACUGGAGGUGGUGGUGGUGGUGGUGAAGAGCUACGCAAGGCAUCGACAUCAGCAUCUUCGUCGCUGGCCAAUGGCCCCGCUGACCAGCAUCAGUCGCACAAUGAGGAGCAGGAGGACGACGAGGGCGGUGUGGCGAAGGAGGGCGAAGAGACACUGGACGACGAGGGCGAGCAAGACGGCAAGCAGAAGAAAAAGAAGAAGACGAAGAAGAAGCGAGGAUCCACAUCCUCCACCAGCAGCAGGAACUCCCAGUCAGCGGCAGCAACGGACGCCGUGGCCCCUGGCAGUGAUGCAGAUGCGAUGGAGGCUGAGAUUGAUCACCGCGAGAUACUCUCAGCGCACAUUGUGGGCAUUGAGAAGGACGCACGCAAGAAGGCAUACUGUUUCGUGUUGGAGGUGCAGUGGAAAGGUGGGCAGGCCACACUGUGCCGCCGCACACACGACGAUUUCUUCAACUUCCACGUUGCACUCAUGGACAAAUUCCCCGAAGAAUCAAAGAAGCAGAACAGGAUCAUCCCACUCCUCCCAGGGAAACGGCUAUUGAGCCAGGCGUUCCGGCGGCGCAGCAUGCGCGAUGUUGCAGAAUCUCGCCGUGAGGGAAUCCAGACAUAUGUCAGCGGCCUCAUUGCGCUGCCCAGCAAGAUUUCCCGCAGUGCACACGUCCUCAACUUCUUCCUCUCCUGCCCAGUCUGCCUCGGCCUCCUUGAUGAGUGCGCCAGCGGCUGCGUAGUACCCCCAGAUCAACUCCCUGCUGCAACCAACCUCACGUUGACUCAUCAUCAUCAUCAUCAUCAUCAGCAGCAGCAGCAGCAGCAGCAGCAGCAAGCACACCAACAGCAUGCUGACACAGUGUCUGCUGCAGUUGGUGCCCGUGCAUCCUUAUCAUCAUCGUCGUCAGCACACGGCUCGCCUGCCUCACGCCCCUCCACGCAAAUGAUGGUGCCGGUAUCAGCCCAGCAGGCAGCUGGCGCUGCACUGAUGCCGCCACAGCAGCAGCAGUACGCGUAUGUGCAGCAGGCACCAGGGCUUGGUAUGAUGGACGGAACACCGCCAACCAGCCCAUUCAUGGGCCCUGCUCACAGGCAACAUCAGCAGCUGCCACACCCAAUGACAGCUCCCCCACCCGCGCAAGUCGUUUUCCAGCACCCACACCAGCACCAGCACCAGCACGUGCAGUUCUUUCAUCCACAGCAGCCACAGCAGCAGCAGCAGCAGCAGCAUGCAGUUCUGCUGCACCCAUCCCAGUACCUGCACUACCCGCACCACCAACACUUCCAGCACCAGCACCAGUUUGCUCAGCAACACCAGCAUCCACAUGCACACGGGGUCAGCACACUCGUGCACACGCGUCCAGCGAUGGGGGCGUGGUCUCCGCUCUCUGUGCAGAGCUCCCCCGGUGUAGGGGUCCGGCGCACGCACCCACAUCCGACCAACGCAAGCCCACGCAGCGGUGGGGGUCGUCCCCGGCACAGCAGCGCGAGUGUGCAGUCGAGCCAGACACCCUCGCCGUUUGCUCGUCGUCAUACCACAUCCUCUCUUCCCGAGGACCUCAACAGAAUCCCCUCUGCUGGUUCAGAUGGGAAUCUGACACGUCCAGAGUCUGCUGACGACGAUGCCUUUGUAUUUGCAGCCAGUUCCACUGCCACCACUGCCACCACUGCUGCCAGUCGUGGUGAUGGUACAAGCAGAGCCAACACAGGGAGAGGCACCACGCGAGUGGUUGCCAAAGCCAGCAAAGGCAAUGAGGAACCACGCAAGGCCACGGCACAAUCGCCGCCCACACAGCAACAGCAGCAGCAGCAGAAGCAGCAGCAGCAGCAAGCACGGCAAUCGAGCUCUGGUGCUAAAGAAGAGGCGAAGACGGUGGAGAGGGCAACAACAGCAGCGUCAUCAACAGCAGGCAAAACGUCAGCAUCUGCAGAUACAGGGACGACCACAACCUCACCCGAGCGCUCCGCCAGUUCCACCACACCUGAACGGGGACAACAAGCACAUGCGAAGCAGAAGGCACCACCACCACGAACCGACACUGCCACCACCGACACCACCACGUCGAAAGGCAGCAGCAGCCACGAUAGAGAGGCGAGUGGGAAGCAGAAGCCACCACCGCACACAGCAACGCCGACAUGCUCAGACGACGAAUUGCAGCAGCAGCUGCUCCGCCUCAACCUCAUCGCCGAUGAUGACGACAAGACCACGAGUGACAAUCGGGGCGUGCGCGUGCUGGUGGUACAGCGGUACUGGUGGCUGAAGCAGCAUCGCCUGCACAAGUACGCAAAGCAUUUUGUCUCGCAUUCGCGCGCAGAUAUGCAUGCACUGACGCUGGACGACUUUGCUUCGCUUGGCUUGACCAAAGGCGCAAGCAACAAGCUGCACUCGAAGCUGCACGCACCUACGGUCGAUACUACAUCGGGCACUGAUGCUGCGGCCACUGGUGCAACAACGGCACCGUCAGCAACAGCUGUGACAGCAACCAACACAGCAGAAGAGCCAACAUCAACAACACCAGCAGUCGGCACAGCAGAAGCAGCACCUGCGAAAUCGCAGGGGGAUGCGGAUGCAGGCGCGCGUGCAAGCAAGACCACGCUGGUUUCGUGGCCAGACUUGUGCGACGCUUAG